AUGGUAAGGGAGUACUCCAUCACCGAAGUGACCUUCCCAGACAGACCCAGUCAGUACUCCUACUCUCCACAAGUCACCACACACUCCAUACACCUCGAAUUCUUAGUGGAAGGCGUACAACAUGGGUGGAUUCUCAAAUCUGACUCGGGCAGUUGUGUGGGGGAGUGCUGGCUGCCAGACUGGGCCAGCAGUGCCACAGUGACUGGCCUCACUUCCGGAGACCUGGUUUCCAUCCAGUUCCAGGCAUACGUCAACUACACCGGCUUCGACUUGAGGAGGAGUGUGGCUCUGGAGACAGACAUUGUGGUCUUUCCGGCCACACCGACUGAGACCACAGUGGCCACUUACACCACAACCACCAUCACAGUCUCCUUCCAAGUGACCGGAAUAAAACACGGAUGGACUCUUAAUUCUGACAGUGGCAGUUGCUCUGGAGUUUGCGACAUUGCCAGUUCUCUUUCCACUCACACUAUACACAGCAUCGUGCCAGGCACAAAAGUGGACAUAUACCUCAAGGCAUACGUGGAGUAUGUGGGUCAUCCUCGCACCCUCACUUUCGAUCACCUCCUCAUCCAACAAGUCACCACCCCCGCAACACCCUCUUGGGACCCUGGUUACCCCGAGGAAGAGACACACAAGAUCAGCACUCGCUUCACAGUAGCCGGCACUCUACACGGGGGAUUUCUAAGAUCAAGCAGUGGGAGUUGUUCGUCGGACUGUUCAAUCGGAAGCACGCAAACCAGUCGGGAGAUCGAGUCAGUGGUGCCUGGAACAAAAGUGGAGCUCACUCUCUUCUUCUACGUCAUGUACAGUGGGUUCGAGAGAAGAGACGGCCAACCCCUCACCACUCACGCCAUCACUUAUCCCGCACAAGUGUCCCAAAAGAGCCCCCCUCUGGAGUCCACUCAACACAUUACACUCUACUUUCAAUCCGAACCCACAAAACAUGGCUGGCUCAUAAAAUCUGACUCUGGAGCCUGCCACCCUUCAGAUUGUGAGAGCAAUGAACCCUCGAAAGAUUCCUAUGAUGUCUCCUCGCUAGUUCCCGGAACUCUGGUUCUUUUCUCUGUCAGAGGCUAUGUUCACUACCCCGGCUUCUCACGAAGGUCAGGAGAGCCAUACAAUGUGGCUGCAAUCACAAAACCAGACACUCCAGCUCAAGUUGGAGCAGUAUUCAUUCAUACAACAAGCUUGACAAUUGGCUUUUCGUCUCUCGGAACGAAGUCUGGAUGGCUAAUCACGUAUGAUUUAAACAAUCAUUAUUACAUUUCCACAAGUAAGCAGAAGUGCUGGCAAAUGAAGUGCCACCCUGAUGGAGUCGCUUUUGCAGACUGUGCACAGCCGGUGCAGGCCACAAUGCACGGGACUACAUUGAGGCCAGAGGGGGGAGGCGACAUCAUCUGGGGCUUCAGCAGAACAUGGGUGACUCUCGGGGGAUACCGGUGGAGUGUGGGGAGCAUGAUCACCAGAUUCGAAUACUGGAAUGCCCCCCUGUACUACCAGUCCUACAGUUCCUCCUCCUGGUCCUACACCUUGGACAACACUCUCUGA